CCGCAUGACGGCCGAGCUGAGCGCCCGCCUCACGUCCGUGGAGCGCUGCGACGAGUACAUCCGCAGCCUGGACUACGAGGCGCCGCUGCACGUGCCGGAACACGCGCCGCCGGCCUCCUGGCCGCAGCGUGGCGGCGUGGAGCUGCGGGGCGUGUGCCUCCGCUACCGGCCUGAGCUGCCCAGAGUGCUGCACGACAUUAGUCUGCAAGUGCUGCCCGGCGAGAAGGUCGGCGUUGUUGGGCGCACGGGCGCAGGUAAGUCGACCCUCAUCUCGGCGCUGCUGCGAAUGGUGGAGGUGGAGACGGGCACCAUCCUCAUCGACGGCCUCGACAUCCGGCCGAUGGGGCUGCAUGACCUAAGGUCACGUAUCGACGUCAUCCCGCAGGACCCGGUGCUCUUCUCUGGCACCAUCAGACACAACCUGGAUCCGUUCGACGAGUACCCCGACGAAAAGCUGUGGGCUAUACUAGAGAAGGCCAAUCUGAAGAAGAAGGUGUCGCGGGCGGAUCAGCAGCUCCAGAUGAAGGUCACCUCGGCCGGUGACAACUUCAGUGUCGGCGAGAAGCAGCUGAUCUGCUUGGCACGCGCGCUGCUGCGCCAGAACCGAAUCCUGCUGCUGGACGAGGCCACAGCCUCGGUGGACGUGGAGACGGACCACCUAAUCCAACGCACCAUCCAGGACAACUUCAGCGCUUGCACCGUCAUCACCAUCGCCCACCGGCUUAACACCGUAGUCAGCUACGACCGGAUCGUCGUCAUGGACGCCGGCAAGGUCGUCGAGCUGGACACGCCGCUGGCGCUGAUGGAGAACGAGAACUCGCUGUUCCGCCAGAUGAUGGGCCACGCCGGCUUCACCACCGUUGAACAGCUGCUCGAGCUGCAGACCAACAGACGGUAGACGACGAUGACUCGUAGACUGCCAGCUCGGUUAUUUUGGGGCCGUUACUCGAGUGAUAAUCCCGCUGACGGUGUAGUGUGUGUCUGCCAGCUCGGGCGCGUGCGGAGUAAAGCCGACUGGCUCGGCCUCACGAGAGCCCGGAUCUGUUGUCUUCUCCAGUUAGUCGAGGCAGCUUGGAACAUCACCUCCAGGUAUAUGCUAUGCGCACGCAUAAACAUGCCGUCCGCACGCAUCCAGUACAUCAUUGGUAUCGCUACGACGAUUACAGCGUGAUGUGAUGACCAAGAUAAGCAAGAUGACCAGGUUCUGUGACCGGUAUCAAUGUUGUGCCGAUGGCUCUUGUUCCGUCAGAACUCCGCGCUCACAAUGUAGAAAUGUAGUCAUACUAUGUGCCUCGCAAUCGUCCUGUCAAAUAUCAGUGCUUAAUCAACUAACUACUUCUUAGAAAUAUAUGAUCAUAUCUGUUUAAUUGGAAUUGAAUCGGCAGAUAAAAACCAGCGUCCGACGAUGUUCUGGUUGGCCGCCUGACCCGGAGAUGGCGCGAGAGUAGGC